CAUCAGGUGGGCUGCACUCUAAGCAUCAGCACAAAGAUGCAGCAGUCAAGAAGACUACAUUCAAUGACGAUUACACCAGCAGGAAAAUUAUUUACUUCUGAGAAAUACUCAGAAGAACUGUGAUAUUCACUUUACGGCUGACCUCAGGAACUUCAGCUCCUGGCACUGUUUUGACUCGACAGCCUUUGGAAAUUAACGGGACAGGAUGGUUUGGCUCCUCACUCUGAUUUUAGGACUGCCUCUUCUCCAGCAACCUGUCACUUCCUUUGGCUCCAACUCAACACAACCCUUAAGCCACAACAACCUGACCAUCCAGGCAACUGAUGGCUUUCAAAAAACUCUACCUGCAUCACAUAACGCAAGCUUGAUUGAGAAAAGAGUUGACAAUAGAUUUACCAAAGACUUGCUUUUACGCCUUCUGCCUGACUUUAGCAUAAAUGAGGGCUCUGGGGAAGGAAGUGGACUUCAGCAGAGCCUUGAGGUUAUGAUGCCCUCUACUGGUCCACUGGAGAUGGACAUGUUAAUUCCAGACAGAGCGGAGAAACAAGAUUUUGACGUGCAAGAGUUAUUUGCUCACCCUGCCCCUCCAGUUCCAAAAAAACUAACCCAGAAUAUUGAUGAAGAUGAUCAAGAUAUAAUUUUAGCAAACAAUAACAGUGCCUCUGAUCAAGCUACUUCCACAAUGGCUGUUCAGUUGACUACACACAUCCACAUCCACAUAAAUAACAAUGAGAGAUUGAACAAAGACCAACCUUUGUUGACAACCAUCAAACCAAUUACAGAGAAAAACACUACAGGAAAGUCUCCAGUCAAUAUGCAUUUAGAGACAUUUAAUACAGAUUUAGAUGUGAACAGCAAAGAAGACUUGAAGGUUUCUCAAGAUAUGAAGUAUGUUGCGUCCACACAGAAUUUAAGCUCCAUCACAAAGCCUGAAAUGUUGGGACACAAUGGCACCCUUGUUACGCAGUCUGGCUCCAUUCAAGGGUUCUUUGAUCUCACGGUGGGAGAGGAACGUUAUGUUACCAACCAUCCGCCUGCAGCCACACCUCCAUUACAGACCGGUAAGGAGAAACGUGAAGAGACUACGUCUGAUUUACCUGUGGGGUCAUCAUCCACAACUCCAUCUGUUUUGCAAGCAAAAAACAAAGUCACAGAUAGAGAUUACUCAAAAAACAAAGACGACGAAAAGCCAAAAUGGUUAGGAAGUUUGUUUGGACUAUUAACAGAGAGCAACCUGUCUGAUGUCAUAGGUACAUGCAUACUAGGCCCAUGUGUAAUCUCCACCGGUGGCAAUGUGACCCAGCUACAGUGGGAGGACUUAAAACGGACACUAACCUUUGCUUGGGAGCUACAUGUGUAUAGCUCAGCUGUACUAUUUCUGUUGGUAGUGAUAGCUGUAACAUUCGGCGUGAUUGGUGGGGCUAAUUUGUUCCAACCGUUUUGCAAGGCCUUCACCCUUGCUAACAUCCUGCUUCUGCUAGCAGGCCUGCUUCGAUUUUUACAGCUCAUAACUGACCCAUAUGGUACCAGAAACAUUCUGCCUCGCCCUGCCCUCACUGCUUUGUAUAACUUACCUGUUCCCUUAAUGCUCUGGGCCCAAGCCACAUUGGCAGUUUUUGCUCUGAGAGAAGAAACAUCACCUCAGAGGCUCUCGGUGACUGGGGGGCUGGUAGCACUGCACUGUACCUCCCUCAUGUUGGCUGACCUGCUUUCCAAAACCUUGUCGCCAGCACUGCCAUUAAUGCUACAGACACUUACUAUUUGUUGGGGGAUACCGCUUUGUUUAGGAAUCUUUUUCCAGUCUCUAAAGAAACUCUACUCCUCCCACAGGACUCCACUACCAAGGUGGAGUGCCCCCAAGCGCUUAGAAAACAGUGUCAGGCAUGUGCUAUUGAUGUGCGCCCUCCUCGGAGUGCUCUCCUGUGCUUUGCAAAUCUAUAGUUUUCUCUGGCUGUAUGGGUUACUUGGUGACUGGCGCAUAUUUGGGUGGGGCUGGUGGCUGGUGCAGCUCUCUGCACGACUGCUUGAGGUGGCCUGGAGUUUCUCUCUUCUACUGCUGGGAUCUCAGGUGUUCUGGAGACCUCAAGGAAGUAAGCAGACAGGGAAGAGGAAACCGGUGUCACGCUGGAACAAGCUGUUGGACAGGUUACCAGUGGGGCCUUGGAAGAGACCGGAUAAGAACUGGGCUAAACUGUUGCCCAAUAACUGGAAAGGUCACAAGCAGUCCCGUGCAAAUGUCAGCCAGUCAGUCCAAAGCCAAGCAACUCCAGCAACCUCAAUAAUGACUGUGCAUGACAACGCUGGAGUUAUUGGUGGAGGUGUCCUAUACAGCAGCAGUUAUGACCACCAUGCCUCACUUCUGUGGACUAGUGGUGUGGAAUGGCAAGAACAUGAGUGCUUUCUCUCACUUAUUGAGUUUGACCUUCACCACCCUUCACCCAUCAGCCUCCAUCACAGCAUUGACAAUGCCCUUCAUCAUGCCCACUUGCUUGGUGUAGGUAACCUUUUCAGCCCUUCAGGACCCUCCUGGACUCAAAAUGAAGGAUCAGGUGGACCACUCUGCGAUAAUGUUGUAUCACCCACCAGCCCAACUAACAAAGCCUAUAGGUGGGCUUUAGAUAAUAGCUUGAGUCCUAACUCCCCUCAGCAUCUUGGGACUGCAGUGCAGCAGACUCAAGUGUCUGUGAUUGAGCCUCUGGCUUCUUUAACUCCAGAGACCGUAAGAAAAGUGUGGGAGAGAGAUGUGGCCAUCCCAAGAGUCACUGUGUAUGAUGACUGCACCAGCAUAGCAAGUGAAGAUGACAUCACUAGUCUUUGAACUAAUAAGAAAUUUAGCACUUUGGCACUUUCUGCUUGCAAAAUUUAAAUGCUUCAGAUUGAAAUGCUUUUAAAUAGACCAUGGACACAAUCUUACUAUUCGAGUAAUUUGACUGUUACAUUCUUAUAGACUGGAGUGUAAUGAAUACAUUAAAGAUGAGUAAUUAGUCGUUUUAAAAGCUCUCUCCCUGCAUGUAUAAACGUGUUUAAUACAUGUACAA